CUCUUGUACUUUGUGUGUGCUGUUAGUACAAUUGCAAUGGCUCUCACUCGCUUCCUCUUUCCCACCUGUCUGGUUGUACUUUCAUUGCUACUUAUCGACGUCUCUGCUGAUUAUGGCUAUGCCUCAAAACCACCACAGGUUGAGCAACCAAAACCUCCACAGGUUCAAAAGCCAGAAGCACCACAGGUUGAGAAACCAAAUCCACCACAGGUUGAGAAACCAAAACUAGAUCAAUCGUAUGGAGAACUACUACCUCACAAUCUCUUCGGCAUUCAAGGGCUUGUUUUAUGUACCUCAGGCCUUAAAGCUUUCCCAAUUCAAGGAGCUGUGGCAAGGAUUACAUGCGUGGGAGAGGACGAAAAUGGGUAUGAGACUGCACCUUUCUCCAUGUUAGCUGGUGCAACUGAUGCCAAGGGUUACUUCUUUGCAACAUUGUCACCGUCAAAGCUUGAAGAUAGUUACAACAAGAAAUGGAAGCUCACCGAGUGCAAGGCAUUCCUUGACAGUUCUCCAUUGGAGAGCUGCAAAGUCCCUACUGACGCCAACCAUGGAAUCAGUGGUGCUCCUCUUGCUUCUUAUCGCACGCUCAAUGCCAAGAACAUGAAGUUGUUCUCUGUUGGACCCUUCUUCUACACCUCAGAACCUAAACCAGCCCCUAAUGGCUAUUAGUUAUGUUCUUUGUCUACUAAUUCAAUUGAACGGGGGAGAGUUUUCAUUGUUGUUUGUUAAAUAUGCUUAAAUUUAUUAGUUG